UUUCACGUGCGCAGUGCCACAUUAGUGUUAGCUGGAAGGUGGAAUGGUGAUUACAAACAUAAGUUUUCCGAUAAAAAGUGAUAAAUUUUAGUUUUCCCGGUAAUUAUAUUGCAAAAUGGCAAAAGUAAAGCCGCAAAUGAAACAUCCCAGCAAUGGGAAACGUGUGAAAGAUAAAUUCAAACGAAAACCGAAACAGCAAAACGGCGGCAAACCCAGGUUUAAGUUUUCGAUGAAAGACGAGGAAUCGGAAAUCGCCCGGUUGACGGAGCUGUAUGCAACGGCCAAAAUCGAAGAAACGAGUAGUUUUAGCGAUUUUCCACUCUCGAAGAAAACUCUCGGUGGAUUGAAACAAGGACAGUACCAUAAACCCACGGCGAUUCAGCGGGAAUCAAUCCUACCGGCCCUCCAAGGAAAGGACAUUCUGGCAGCUGCCAAGACGGGAAGUGGAAAAACGUUAGCUUUCCUGAUCCCUGUGUUUGAAAAACUGUACACGAGCCAGUGGACAAAGCUGGAUGGAUUAGGCGCAUUGAUCAUAACUCCGACUCGGGAAUUGGCCCUACAAAUUUUCGAAACCGUCGCCAAGAUCGGAAAACUGCACGAUUUCACCACUGGACUCAUCAUCGGAGGUCAGAAUUUGAAAGCCGAGAAGAACCGGUUGCAUCAGCUGAACAUCAUAAUUUGCACACCGGGCCGAUUGCUUCAGCAUAUGGACCAAAAUCCGCUUUUCGAUUGUACGAAUCUGAAAAUUCUAGUCCUGGAUGAAGCGGACCGUUGUCUGGAUCUGGGGUUCGAAUCAGCCAUGAAUGCAAUCAUAGAAAAUCUUCCAUCCGAGAGGCAAACGCUGCUCUUUUCCGCCACGCAGACGAAAUCGGUUAAAGACUUGGCACGGUUGAACUUGCGGAAUCCACAGUACAUUGCGCCGCACGAGAAGGAACAGUAUACCACACCGACCAGACUGCAACAGAAUUAUGUGGCCGUGGAACUCGGUCAGAAACUUACGAUGCUUUGGUCGUUCCUUAAGGCUCACAGCAAGCAGAAGAUCAUAGUAUUCUUCGCCACGUGUAAGCAGGUGAAAUACUUCUACGAAGUAUUUCGUAAGCUACGGCCAAGUACGCUACUUCUCCCUCUGUACGGCGGUAUGAAUCAGGAGAGACGCAAUAAAAUCUACACCGAGUUCUGCACGAAGAGCAACGUCUGUCUGCUGGCCACGGAUGUCGCUUCGCGUGGUCUGGAUUUUCCGAAGGUAAACUGGGUAGUGCAACUGGACUGCCCAGAGGACGCUAAUCAGUACAUACAUCGGGCUGGUCGAACCGCGCGGCUCAACACCAGCGGCGAAAGUCUGCUCGUGCUGCUUCCACAAGAGGAAGAAGGCGUGGUGAAGAUGCUCGAGAGGUCCAAGGUGCCAAUCAACAAGAUCCACAUCGAUGAUAAGCAACUAUUCUCGCCGUUGAUUAAAAUUCAGUCAUUCUUGGCGCAAUCGCCUGAACUGAAAGAAACCGCCAAGAGGGCAUUCGUAGCGUAUGUUAAAUCAGUUGCUUUGAUGAAGGACAAAAGCAUCUUCGAUGCUUCCAAACUGGAUUUGGAAGCUUAUGCCAAAUCUUUGGGCCUGUUGGUUACUCCAAGGGUUAGAUUUUUGUCCAGAAUGGAGAACAAAUCCAAGAAAUCGAACGUUAAGACCGAUGUUAAAGUGGCAAUUGAUGAGAAUGAUGAGGAUGAAAGCGAUGAAGAAUUCUUUACAGUUAAGAAAUCUGAGAGAUUUAGCACCAUGGAUCAACCGGAAGUGGAAGAAAACGGAGCUCAGCCAGUCACAGAAUCCAAGAAGAAGGUUACCAAAGUGAAACUAUUGAAGAAAGCUUUGGUGACCAACAAGAAGAUCAGUUUCGAUGACAGCGGAAACGCUUUGGACGAGGAGGUUCGUGAUGAGGUGUAUGAUAUCGAGAAGGCCCGAGCUCAAUUGAAGCUGGCGGAUGCUGAAGACAAGGAGCGAUACAAAAAUCUACAGAAGGCCAAACGUGUCGCCAAGAAGGAGAAACUUAAGCGCAAGGCCGACGAGGAAAACGAAGAAGAGGAUGACUUUGGAAGCGAUGAUGAGCACAGCGUCGAUUUGAACUGGCUACCGGAUCCUGAUAAGGUGUACAACGGCCUAGAGCAAGACGAUGAGAGCGGCGGUUCAUCGGCAGAGGAGCUGAAGCCCCCAGUUUCGACGAAGAAGGCGGCGAAGAAGCGUAAGAUUGCGGACAAAAUAGAUGAUAUCACACUGACGGAGGCCGAACAGUUGGCAAUGAACCUUCUAAAAUAAACUUUUAUUGAGAAAUACGUGGAAAACUUUAACGAUAAUAAAUGCAUCAUUUGUUCUGCGCUGUCUGUA